GUAUACCAAAUUUUGAACGUCAUUGGUUCCCUCCAAAACUAACCAAUCACAGAGAACUCUGCUUUGUCAAUCAGGGUAUAUGUGACCAUGCAUCUCGAGAAUUAAGUUACAUUCCGUGUUAUUCGAAGAGUAUUAGUAAACAUGUCAGGACGAGGCAAACAAGGUGGUAAAGUCCGUGCUAAGGCCAAGACUCGCUCAUCUAGAGCCUGUCUGCAGUUUCCAGUUGGUCGUGUGCACAGACUGCUUCGAAAGGGGAACUACGCUGAGCGUGUGGGAGCCGGUGCUCCUGUCUAUUUGGCUGCAGUGCUCGAGUACCUCACCGCUGAGAUCCUGGAGUUGGCCGGUAACGCUGCCAGGGAUAAUAAGAAGACCCGUAUCAUUCCCCGGCACCUGCAGCUCGCUGUGAGGAACGACGAGGAGCUCAACAAGCUACUCGGUGGUGUCACUAUUGCUCAGGGCGGUGUUCUGCCCAACAUCCAGGCUGUGCUCCUGUCCAAGAAAACGGAGAGCAGCAAACCGGCCAAGGCCAAGUGAGCACAGAACCCGAACUGUAAUCUCUAUCACAACCCAAAGGCUUUUUUCAGAGCCACCAACCCUUCAUAAAGCAGCUGCACUUAUCUAUUUUAUACCAUUUACUUUUCAAAGUAAAAAUAAAUAUUUUCUUUUGCAUUUGUGUAAACCCCACAGUUUAUAACAUAUCAUGGUUUAUAUAACAAUAUGUAAACAUUUAAAUUUUGACUUUCACUAUAACGUCUCAUCAUUUGGUGUAAAAAGCUUUUAUUGCAGAGCUUUGAUCGUACUAUUUGUCACUAAUAAAUGUGAGUAGAAUUGUA